UUUUUCGAAAAAAAAAUUUUUAAUUCUUGGUUAUAUUUACGUCAUGUCGCAUGCAAGAAAUAGCUAGCUUUUUGGGUUCCAAUCUAGCGGGUUUUCUAGGCCUGCCGCCUGUCUAGCGGGAUUUAAAUUACCUCGAUGGCAACACUGGAUCACAGGUAUCUACAAGAAUCGGUUUAAAAUGCUUUCUACACGUCCACCUCAGUUGAGUGUAGUUUUAAGAUGUCUCUCAGCAAGUGGUGUACGAUGGGUGACAACCACUUCACAAGGCUCCCAGCAUUUGGCAUCCCAUCCAAAGACAGGUGAGGUGAAAGUGUCCAAUCCUGCCACCAUAGAGGAUCUUAAACAGAACCUCCGCAUUCAGUUUUCCCGAGCAAAGUUGGGACACUUCACCCAGACACCACCAUACCAGGAUAAUCUCUUUACCAACAAUGCAUUUCUCACAUCUUAUUUGACUCGGGUUUUGCCACAGCAUGUCCGUGAUGAAAUAUGGAGCGACCUGACACGAUUUGGUCAGCGGGCGGUCACAGACAUCUACCAGUUAGGGAGGGAGUGUGAGCUCAACCAACCUUAUGUUCGAACAUUUGAUGCUUGGGGCAACAGAACAGAUGAACUAGUCACAUGUCAGGCAUGGAAGGACCUUAAGAAAAUCUCUGCAGAAGAAGGUUUAAUUGCUGCAGCCUAUGAGGGAAAGUAUAAGGAAUAUGAUCGCCUUUAUCAGAUGGUAAAGCUAUUCAUAUUUUCACCUGUAUCGGGCCUGUACUCAUGUCCCCUAGCAAUGACAGAUGGUGCUGCUAAAACAGCAAGGAUGAUGAAGUCACCUCACCUGCAGGAAGCUUAUGAGCAUCUUACCUCACGAGAUCCACAGCACUUUUGGACAUCAGGGCAGUGGAUGACUGAGAAGCGGGGUGGAUCAGAUGUCAGUGGUUCAACAGAGACAGUGGCACUGGCACAGCCUGAUGGCACUCACCAACUCUUUGGAUACAAAUGGUUCAGCUCUGCCACUGACUCUGACAUGACUCUUACCUUGGCUAAUAUCAUAUCUGAAGAUCAACCAGAACCAAAAUCUCGCGGACUGACAAUGUUUUUCAUGAAAACAAGAAAGGAUGAUGGCAAGCUGAAUGGCAUAGAAAUUGUUAAAUUAAAGGACAAAUUAGGUACUCGUCAACUGCCAACUGCGGAACUUUUGCUAGACGGGUCAGUGGCACACCAAGUUUCAGCUGAGGGCCGGGGUAUUGCAUCUAUUGCCAACAUGCUUACCAUCACUAGGAUGCAUAAUGCCAUGUCUUCUUGUGCUGUUAUGAGGAGAAUAAUCCAGCUGGCACGAGAUUACAGUCUGCGUCGUUCAGCAUUUGGACAAGUGGUCGAGUCUCAUCCAUUGCAUCAGCUGACAGCCUCAAGAAUGGAGGUUACUACCAGGGCAUGUGAAGCUCUUACCUUCCAUAUGGCCAGACUUCUUGGUCGAGAGGAGGCAGGUGUGGCUACUAGUCAAGAGUCAUUGGUUCUUCGAACUCUAACUCCCAUCAUGAAGUUUUUCACUGCUAAAAUGGCUAUGAAGAUAAUAUCAGAAGCCUUGGAGUGUUUUGGUGGGCAGGGCUAUAUUGAGGACACUGGUCUACCAUCUCACCUGCGGGAUGCUCAGGUUUUGCCAAUUUGGGAAGGAACAACAAACAUCAUGUCUCUGGAUUUCCUUAGAGCUAUGGCAAAAUCUAAAGGAGAAGCCCUGACUGCUGUGUAUGAUGAUGUAAAAGCUCGCAUAGAGGAGGUGACAUCCAUCAUGACUGAAGAUUUGCAAGACUCGUGCCACAAGGUGACCCAGUCCAUGGAUGAGCUCACUAGCUUCCUGCAGCAACAUCCUCACCUUAUCCAGCCAGCAGCACGAGACAUUGCUACAUCUGUUGCUCACAUUUAUAUUGGCAGCCUCCUCCUCGAGCAUGCAGCAUGGGAGAAGAGCAGCAAUAGUAAGGAAGUGGCCAAAAGAUGGUGUCAACAACGUCUGACAUGCCUUACCCUUGAUGAGUAUUCUGCUGAUAAUAAGGCCUUAUAUAUGGAGGGCUACAAUCUGAGUGAAAUUUAUGGACCCAUGUUUUAAGCAAGAAUUUUUUCUUUCUUUUUUUGUUAUGUAACCUUUUUCAUCAAUUUUAUUAUUAUCACUUAUGUAUUUUAUUUAUCGUAGGUUUUUUCAUUGCUGUGGGUUGUUUUUAAUCUUAAGAGUUAAAAGAAUGAAGAUUCCUUCCUUUGAAUUAUAAUUACCCAAAAAUAAAGUCUUACAUCUUUCUGAAAGUUGCCUCAGGGAGAAGCCACCUAACCUUGCCAGUUAUGAGAUUACUUGCCACUAUGGCAAGAGGAGCUCUAUUUAUAAAGCUUAUUGAGCUGUAAAACUUAAAACUAGAAUGGGGGCAAUAAUUUGUUCAAUUAAGCAUCUUUAUCCACUGGAAGAAUCUGUGGAGAGAAAUAAUGAAGCUCAGGAUGACCCCAGUAAUGAUAAUGUACUGUAUCAACAAGUACAACUGAUGCACUUCCCUCAGAUAUAAAUUUAGAUAUAAGAACUAACAAAUGAAAGGCCACUGAAUGUUGCAAGGCUUGGCUCAAGAGAGUAUGUCAUGAUGAGUCAGAUCCUUAAUAAUGCAAUACCUGUAAUAACUACCUGUAUUCAUCAGGAAUACAGUCUUCUGCACCCCCCCCCCUCCCAGAUGUCACAAAAGUAUGUACAUAUAAUUGUAAAUAUUUCUUUAAAGUAAGCAUUAGAAUAUUAAUUUGAGUACAGUAUAGUUAUUUGGAUGAGCUAACACAGUAAGUGUUUAAAUAUAUCAUACGAAAUGGCCAAGAAGAUAGGGAAAACGUACUUAGUGGGAAGUGAAAUUUAUAUCUUCUAAAGGACGAUUUGCUUAAUUACCAAAUUUAAGAAAGACCUACUUCGUAAAGAAAUAAUAAGUUUACCAAAUUAUAAUUUAUAGUUUAGAAAAUUAAGUCAAAUUAGGCAUAAGACAUUUUUCCAUGUAAAUAUAGCGUGGGGGCUAGCUUCACGGCUUGACGCAUAUAAACACCAAACCUUGGGCGGUAAAGACGAGCAUCAGCCUUCUUACAGGUGAGUCCAGCACAGACCCUCAGACGAGAAAGACCAGCGAACUACGUACCUGUAUUAGGUGUUCUAAUAACUUUUGUCAACUAUUUAUAGUCACCAUUUAAGUUUAUAUUAGUUGUGCUUAUCAAGAUUUAAAAGUCAUGAUGCAAUUGUAACGAGAAGCCCUCAAGAUCGAUGAUUCCCCGGCUCAGUCAUCAAGCUAAGAAACCCAUAUUUGUUACAGGGGGUCUUCAUUAUAAAUGGUUAACAGGGACCAAAACAAAGCCAUUGAUAAUCAAGCCACUAAUAAACGGGAAUUAAUUCCCAUAAUAAUUAAUAGAAAUACGGUCUAAUUGGGAUCAUCACUUUGUAAGUGACACACAAAGUUUAAUUUGAUAUCUCUUAACAUUUAUAUAUAUAGUACCUUAGAAACAUUUGUUAAACAUUAGAUUACACAUUAUUUUAUUAAAUUAACUGACUUUAUAACUUAUUUAAGGUACGGUACUUAAAUUCGUUUGGGGUCGGCGUGUUGAAACGGCGCAAGCUACCAAACCACGUACAGUCCUCAUACGCACCACUUCAGUGAAAAUGGUUCAUUGAUACACGCUUAUCACUUUUCUUACGACAAGCAACUUCUACUUCCAGGCCGUCCCAUAGCUACUAUGCUUUCCUUUUUUUUUUUUUGCCACUACACCACCUUGCUUUGGUUUGGAAUUGAUGGCUACAAAAGAGUCCACCAAAGGCACAACAAAAUUUAUAAUUAUAGUCCUUAGAACACUUAAAAAUAAUGCUUGUGGACGCAGCCGACUGGUACUGAACACGCAAAGCGUGGAUGAGAAGGAUGAACUUUAAGAGAAUGGGAGGCGAGCGGGAAUUUCAAUCACCCAAAUGCUGGUGCUCCCAAUGAUCGUUUUUCUGUUGAUCGACAGAUUUCAGCCAUAGAAUCCUCUUAACUUUUUGGGACUUCUUACAUGUAGUCCCACAAUUAUUUGACCACUUGGGGCAAAACCACUUAAAAUGAAGACACUCAUAAGGGGGACCCCCUGUGUAUCUUUGAGCAGAAUUUUACACUCUCAAAUCGUGACUGUGUAUUGUUACCGGCGCUAAUACAGUAUACAGGUACAAUUCAGUAGAGACUAUGUUUAGACCAAUUCAUCUUAUGGUGUUUUAAAAGAAAACCUGAGUUAUAACAUGGCGAUUUACAUCAUCAUUCAUCAUUAACUGUUUUAACAGUUUAAAAAGAUUGCCAUUGAAUUAGUGUAUAGACUACUCCCAUUAUAAUAAUUAAACAGUAAUCAUACGUAAUCUUUCAGUUUUGAUAGUGUAGCCGUGGUAAAUUUAUCAACUGCAAUGGAGUAAGGUCUCGUAUUUUUACUUCGUAUAUUACCACGGGAUCUGCAGUCCUACCACCAAUGUGUAUGCAUAAACCUCUAUUCCAAAAUUCCUGACAAAACCUGUACUAGCAUCACCAAAAUGCAAGUAAAUAAUUAACAUGUCGGACUGAUACACUGAAUUGAAAGUGAUUUUAACAAAUUUUACAAAAAAAAAUAUAAUAUUAAUACAGUAA